AUGUCGUCGUCAGACGCUCAACAAGCGAUCAACGCGGCCGCUAUCCUACCGCAAAAAGCGCCCGACGCACCUCGACGAUGCUUCAUUUGCUUGACAGACCAAGAGCCUUCAGAUCCUCCAGGCACAUGGGUUGACCCAUGCGGAUGCACCCUGGAAGCUCACCAGGACUGCAUGCUUUCAUGGGUAACCGACUGCGAACGUUCCAACAAACCUCUUCAAUGCCCUGUAUGCAAGGACCGCAUCACACUGGAAGGACCUUGGGAUCCCAUUGUCGCUGUGACGGAAGCUGUUGCAAACAGGUUUACAAAGGCGAGUCCUUUCAUGUUGCUCUCAUCCGUUACGAUCGGUGCGCAGUUCAGUCUCCAAAUGUACGGAGCAUUCGCCAUGUGGGCUUUCUCGGGUCGCGAGGCUUUGGUAGAUUACGUCCUUGGUCACGAAGUUUGGGUCCAUGGAGAAGCCUCGAGAGCUUUGAUGACUGGAGGUCAGAGGUUGGGAAAUGCGCUGGUUCUGACCAACGUAGGACCAGCUCUUCUGGUCGGGCAGUUGAUGCCCUGGUUCGCGAACAAGAUCUUCUUGUCCACGGCCUCAUUGUACGGUGUCUAUCAUGUCAUGCAUGAUGACAGCUUCUUGACUUGGCCUCCCUCGCCUCAGCUCGCGAUGGCUGUGUUCCCAUACGUUCGAUCGGUCUACUUGAACCUUUGGCGCGAAUUCGUUUUCCCGUAUGAGGUAAACCUCAACCGACAAAUCAACGGCCUCCCCCCAAUCGAACCUCGACGAGAUGAGCCGCCUGCCGAACGACAACCGGAACAGCGCGGAGAAGGCGGCGUCGUGGGCUUUCUUAAUAACCUUAUUGAAGCUCUCGAGGGCGACGAGGCUGACGAAGAUGAGGCUGAUGCUAUGGGACCAAGAGCUCCUGGAGACGCACAGGAAGGUGGCGUCGUCAUCGAACUUGUCAUUCAAGAGGUUGACCAUGAGAAUGAGAACGCGCAAGGCCAACAGCCAGCUGGGCAGAACCCGGCACCUCAACAACCUCCCAAUAACGAGAACCCAGUCGCUCAACCAGCCGAGGAGGAUGAAGAGAGUGACGAGAUUGAAGAAGAUGAAGAGAACGAUUAUAAUAUUCCCCCUCUUGUUCCUAUCGAGGAACCUCAAAACCCGGCCCCGGAGGUAGUCGCUGCCCCAGCGCCUGUCAUUGCGCCCGAAGCUGAAGCUGGAGCUGGUGGAAACGAAGUCGGUCAAGAGAACCAGCACGAGGCUCCUCAAGCGCCACCAGCUCGUCGCCCCGGCUUGGGGGCGAUUCUUUCCGGAGUAUCCAAUGCGAUAGUCAGCGCCUUGAUACUCCCAGGCGUAUCCUAUGCCAUGGGCGAGCUCCUUCGCAUGGCUCUUCCAAAACAAAUGACCGCCGCAUCCUCACUCUCACGAGGCAGUACAAUGCGACCAGGUCUACUUCAGCAACAGUGGGGACGAAGUCUUGUUGGUGGAUGCCUCUACGUGGUGAUCAAGGAUAUGCUCAGGCUGUAUACUAAGAGCCGCAAGGUGGCUGCCAUUGGAAACCGACGGGUGAAGAAUAUAGACAGAGCUAGACGCCGAAAGUAA